AUGGCAUCUCCUGUAACCGCGUCGGAUGACGACCAAGAUGUGCCUCAGCACAACCACGUGCGCAUUAGCAGUUCUAGCGAGAGUAGUACGCCGGAUCUGAGGUCUCGUGAUGUGCAGUGGUUUCACAAAUCUCCAGGCCAGCUCUCUCCUGCCUUCCGGGCGCUGCUGGAAGAAUAUGGACGUGUGGCCCCGGAGGACGUCGAGGAGCAUCUCAUCUCCGUACGCAAUCUGGCUUGGGAAGUCAACCCAAUGCCCUGCCUUGGCCGUUUCCUCUUCACAGAGCUGCACAUGGCCCAUGACGAGGAGCUCCAUAAAACUGUGCUAAGGAGACUUCGAAGCGGUGACCGUCUCAUCGACGUCGGUUGUUGCCUAGGCCAAGAUAUACGCAAACUCAUCCACGACGGUGCCCCAGCCGAGAAUCUGGUCGGGUUGGAUCUAGACGAGCGGUUCUUUGAGGCCGGUUUUCAGCUCUUCAAGGACUCAGACACUAAAGCUCGCUUCGUCAAGGCAAAUAUUCUCCAUCAGAGUCCAGCACUGGAUGAGAUGAACCAGUCGUUUGAUAUGGCUUACAUGGACAUGUUCCUACACAUGCUCAGCUGGGACGACCAGAUUACCGCCUGCAAAACAAUUGUGAGCUUGCUCAAACCGGUGCAGGGAUCGUUCUUUGCUGGAGAGUCUGCUGGCCAUGUGCACGGCAUCCCCACUCAAGCAACCUGGAAUAAACUCACCUUUCGGCACAAUGAGGCGUCUUUCAAAAAGCUCAUGCAGCAGGUGUCAGAGGAGACUGGAUCAAAGUGGGACGUCAAAUCCCAGCUAGUCCAGGGAAGUGGAAGAACGAGCUGGGCCAACCAGAUGAACAGGCGGUUUUUGUUCCAGGUCACAAGGUUGUAG